AUGCCCAACAAACGCGUGCUAAGUGCAUCACCAGAUGCAGAUACAGCACUAGACCUCCAGCACAUGAAAAAGAUGCCGAGAAAGGAUAUCCUUCGCGGAAAGCUGCGUGAUCCAGUUCAUAAUCUAAAUGGGGACAUCCUGAAUCUGAUUUUCGACCGUCUACCCAUCGUUGACAUCGUCUCCUGUGUAUUCUUGAGCAAGGCCUGGAAGUCUGCAGUUCUCAUAUGGAUGCAUCAGAGCUCCAAACUCGCUGGCCAAAAGCUACGGCGCCUUUGCUAUGAGACAGCCCCGGCUACUCUAUGGCAGGGAAUGUCCAUUGCUGAAAUCAAACACCAUGCAUCCAGUCUCUAUCGCAUGAACUCCGCCAAGGCAACAUCUUUAUUUUCGUGUCAUGGCCCGGUAGGAUACCUGGAUGUCGGGGACUUUGUUGCACACCUAUCGAGGGGAGAUCCCAAUUUUUCGGACCUCGACUCAGUCCUCCGUUGGCGCCCUCUUGAGCCCGCAUAUAACCCGCAGGACAACGAGUUGAAAGUGUAUGAAAUACCGCGAAUGUCCGAGAGGUUCCUCGAUAGCACCGUGGUUGCAGUGUUUGUCAAUCGCGAUGGGGUGGUAUUGGUGAAUUUGGAACAUCUCCGCGUCCAGGAACGCAGGCUCUUCGUGUAUUCGCCCGUCGAAGAGAAAAGGCUUUGGGACUAUUCCUAUCCCAUCCAAGACUUGCGUUCUCGUUCCCUCUCAUGGCGAGUGUCAUUUGGGCCAGUCGCGCUAGGUCGGUCGUAUGUAUACUGCGUGAGUGCGGAAAGACCUUCCAGUUGGGUUCUGCUGGCAUAUGACUUUCGAACUGGAAAGGAAGUAUAUCGAGUUCGCAGGGGCGCUCGGUGCUUUCAUAGUCAGAGCACCUGGCUGGCGGAGGGCAAAUCUGUACCUGAUCGUCUGGUCCGGCUGGUGGAGGUCAACGGCGAAGAGCUCCUCGUUUUGAUAUCAGACUCAUCGAAAUGGGCCGUCGGCACAGUUGAAAUCGUCAAGGGCCGAGACGGUCAGCUGCUGCACAGCAUCAAGUACUCCCCAGCUUGGAAGGCCAGUUGCCUCGCAGACCCGUUGACCAACCAAGUAGCAUUGAUGUGGUAUAAGCCUGCUCAAAAAGCAGUCAAUCUAGGCCACAGUAUCACCCUGAUGCAUACCUUUUCAUAUCAACCAGGCCAGCCAUUCGCCCUGUCCCCCCUGAUAGCUGUUAAGCGCCACACACCGUGUGCGCAGUAUGAAACGCUCCAGCCCUUCACCAUGACAAACAUCGAAGUGACUCCUACCGUGAUGGGUGGGACGCCUGUACAGUUUACCAUCACCCGUAGCUGUCUGGUCCGAGUGUACAGCCGCUGGGUUUACGAUCUGGCCCUCCAGGCUGCCCUCGAUCUUUUCGAUGACAACCCCAACCAUAUCCCGUGCUACACUACCGACGACCCAACGGCUGUGACUGUUUCUGAGCCUGCUGGACCAUCUUUGCCACCGAGUUCACAGGAUAGUAAGACACUCUCUGUGAAUACCAUGCCUAUCCCGGCAGUCUACUGGCUGGACCAUGCCCGGCUUGUAAUCCAGGCAAAGGCCUUUACACGGGUUGUUCGAUUUUAG